AUCGUUCCAUUAUUUCAAAUAAAAAAAAAAGUUCCCAAAUUUCUUUCUUGCUUAAUCAAAACCCUCAAAUCUUUCAUCAAAGAAUCUUUGGUUUCAAUUUUCUUGAAUUGAAGAAAAGAUGGCUCGUACGAAGCAAACCGCUCGUAAAUCUACCGGAGGAAAGGCACCCAGGAAGCAGCUCGCCACUAAGGCUGCAAGGAAAUCUGCGCCUACCACCGGCGGAGUCAAGAAGCCUCACCGCUACCGUCCCGGAACCGUCGCUCUUCGUGAAAUCCGUAAAUAUCAAAAGAGCACAGAACUUUUGAUCCGCAAGUUACCCUUCCAGCGCCUUGUUCGUGAAAUUGCCCAAGACUUCAAGACGGAUCUGAGGUUCCAAAGCCAUGCGGUGCUGGCAUUGCAGGAGGCUGCGGAGGCAUAUCUAGUGGGUUUGUUCGAGGAUACUAAUUUGUGCGCAAUUCAUGCCAAGAGGGUGACGAUUAUGCCCAAGGAUAUUCAACUCGCCAGGCGAAUCCGUGGGGAGCGUGCUUAAUUUUCUUCUUUUUCCUAUAAUACUUCGUUUUCUGCUUCUGGGUAUAUUGGGCUUUAUUUAACCAAACUGGUUUGCACACAAUGUUUAAAAUUUCUUGUUAUGUUAAUUCAUGGUUUAUCUUUACAUGUCUAGGUGUUUGCCUUUGUUGUUUAAUCAAACUGAGUCCCAUUGAUUGCGACUGCAUUUCGUAAUCUCCCCUUCUGCGUCCA